AUGGCUGGUAAGGGAAAGUCUACAAGAGGUCGUGGAGGAAAAUCUGCUGCUGGUGUUAGGGUCUUCCAUGGUGAGAGUUCUCGGGGAAGAAAAGGAGCCACAAUUGUUCAGGUCCAGAAUGUUGAGAGUUCACGCGGAAGCAGAGAAGCUAGAGGAGUUCGGAUCUCUUCUGGUGAGCAUUCUCUCGGAGGUGAAGAAGCCAGAGGUGUUCGGAUCUCUUCUGGUGAGCCUUCACGCGGGCGUAGGAGUGGUAUCGGAGCGUCUUCUCACUCCUCGGUGGCUCGAUCGGAGUCACAGUCCGUGACCCAGUCAAAUAGACAACUUCCGACACAAUAUCCAGCCAGGGUACAACCACCGUCUCGUAUUCCUCAACGUGCGCCUCAUGCUCCUCAACCAGUGCUGGAGGAAGAUGAUGAAGAGGAAGAUGAAAAUGAUGAGAACCAUGAUCUUAGUCCUGCUGAAGAAGAAAAUCCCGAGGAAGAAGAAAACCCUAAUGACGAAGACAGCCAAGCUUUGUUAAACCGUUUGCUAGCUCUUCCAGGCCGACAACAUCUACCUCUUCUGUCAAAGGAUCCUAUCCCAGGCGUUGAGACUCUUUGGUUCAAUAGGCACAGAGGUAUACUUUCCCGAGCGAUUGCUGGAAUAUUUAGGAGGAAAUUUGAUGGUCCUUACUACAGUUGGAAGGUCACUCCUCCAUCCAUUCGAGAGAGAUAUUUCAGGACUUUUGCGCGGAAGUUCAACUGGGAUAGUGAUAUUACUGAGCUUGUUAGAGAUGGAUUCUUGGUAAUAGCCAAGAAGUGGUAA